UUGUGUAGUAAUGGACUUGUUGUAUUUGUAAGUUGUAUCAUUAUCAACAAAUGAUUUGUGAGCUUUGAUUUCUUGCGAACCAUGGACCAAUCUUCAAUUGUGUCUUAAAACAACGACAUUUGACAGGAUAAAACGGAACUUUUGGACCCCAACAGGGGAGGAUGGCACAGUUAAUAAACAGCUAGCCCUGCCCAGUUUUUGAAACGAUUUCGUUUGAAAAGUAUUUGUUGCACAAUGCAGCGAACAAGUUCACCAGCGAUCCGUUAUCGUAACCAUGGAAACACAAUGGGCCGAAGUUUCCAUGAGGGAAAUUAUCAAGAAGACUUCAAGCCUCCCUCUCGUUAUUCUAAUACGAUGUCUUCCCCUCCGGUUGUUUAUAACGACGAUGAAUCAAUCGUUAUGAGUUCUGGAUUGGAUACAAGCUUUGAGUUGAUGUCCGCAACGCAACUUCGUGAACAACUUAGGAGAGAACAGCAAAGGCGACGAGACAAGGAGAAAGAGGUUGAUACUCUGAAGCGAUCAACCACUAGCAUGAUGGGAAAACAGUCACAUAGUCCAGCUGGACGUAUUCAUGACCACCCUACUAAUAGUCAUGACUCAGAUAGUGGUAUCAGCUAUACCUUGUCAAACGGCCAGAUGAAAUCAACACCGCACCCUCAACACUCUUCUCCGAUCCACGUAGACGUUGACACCAGCCCUACCUCCUACACCUCUCGUAGAUCAACACGAACCCCUGUACCUCAUUCUACUGAUGAACAUUGGGGUGUGUCUUCAACCUCAGGAGCAUUAAAGAAUCUUCAAGAUGGGAUGUAUGAGAGUGAGCAGAGAAGGUUGGCUCUUGUAGAGAAACUUAGAGAAGCACAUGAAACACUGCAGCGUCAAACUGAACGAUUAUGUGACAGUGAAGCUAAACUUAACGACAGUCACUAUGCCAUGGAGAAUCUGUCUUCAAAUAAUGAGGAUUUGAACAAGAAACUUGCCAGUCUUCAACGUGAAAAGGAAAGGACAAUUGAAGGCAGACAAGAUGUAGUCAAACAAAAUGAAAAGCUAAAACAAAGGUUGGAUGAAUUACUCCAAGAGCUGAAGGUACUAAAACUUUCUCAGGAAAGCACCCAAGCAGAGCAGCGGAAGCGAGAUAACCUGGUGGAACAGACGUCUAAAGCACUCAAUAUGAUGGAAGACGAGAACAAGAAUUUCCAACAGAUGAAGGAGAGUAUGAUUAAAGAAACUAAAGCAUUAAGAGAGAGUCUUCAUAUGGCAAGAGCUAAAGCUGAGAAACUAGAGAUGGAUAAUAGAGAACUAGAGAAAAUUGCAGAGAAACAUGAGAUGCUCGCCACUCAGAACGCUGAUCUCAACAGCCAGUUACUGGAGGAAAGAAGAGCAAACACUGAUCUUGAUCAUCAAGUGGACAUCUUGAGAGCUGACUUCAUGAAAACUAGAGAGGAGAGAGAGGUCUUCCAGAAUCGAGCCAUUCAAUUGGAUGAGAAAUGCGCAGAUUUGAACGCAAAGUGUGUCAGUUCCUCAGCAUCUAAAGAGAGACUCCUUCAGGAGAAAUUAGAUCUUCAGCAACUUCUUAAUCUUGCCUUACAUGAAAAAGAGCAAAUGAAUAAGACGAGGCAGGGCCUUGAGGGGAAAGUAACGGAACUUCAUCUUGAAGUGACUCAGAGUAAAUUGAUGGUUGAGAAUAAAGAUGAAGAGAUGGACAAGAUGAUGGAAGAACUUAAUGCUGUUAAGAAGGUGAGUGAAGUUCUGUCGUUGGAGCUUGCAUCAGCCAGGACUAAUCUUGAGAAGAUCCAGGAGGAUGUGAAGCAGCUUAGCGCAGAUAAACGAAUGAUUCAACAGCAACAGACGUAUUGGGAGAAUGAAGCUAAGAGAGUAUCAUCAGAGAGAGAUGCUUUAGAUCAGGCUCUUGAGCAACACAAACAAGACUUUACUCAGGAACGAGAGCAAUUAGAAGGACAGCAUCAGUCCAUGAAGGAGAAUAUGAAAGAAACUAGGACAGAGAAGAAUAAAAUGGCUGCUAAAUGCCAAGAGCUUGAAACGAUGCUGCAACGAGCUAACGAUGAUUUGAGAGAUAGCGCCCUCACUCAACAGGAGGAGAUGGAAGAGUGGAAGAUGUCAUCUGAGCGUCUCUCUGCCUCUUUGAGUCGUAAAGAUAAUGAGAUAACGUCGCUCACUGAACAGCUACAAGAAGCUAGAGAUAAGCAUGUUCAGUUGAAAGGAGAGCUUCAGACAGCGAAGUUAAGACAGGAACAGUUUGCAGAGUAUCGUGAAGAAGCUGACCAACUUAGAGAAGAGAAUAAGCAACUAGCUCAAGAUCAUGCUGAGGACCAACAAGUUAUACACCUCCUGGAAAUGCAGAAAGAUAUAUUGACUAAAGGACAGAGUCCUGGUGGCCAGCGACUGACUUCAGAACAACUUCAAGCUCAAGUAGAUCAUCUCCGAGCUGAACUAGGAUUAGCAGAGGAUAAGGUGAAUGAAGUUCGAGAAGAACUAGCAAGAGAGAGAGCCCAGAUUGCGGUUAGCUUUGACCUGUCAGACGGAGCUCCACGACGCUCAGCUAGAAGCACACCGGUACCUUGCCAUAAUUGCCAAGAGCUUGCUGAUCAGAUCGUUAAACUACAGGAACUAAACUCGCUGUUGUCUGAGAGAAUAAAUAGGAUGGAAAAUGAAAGUCAUCAGACGUCUCUUCGCUCUAAGGCUGUCUCCGAACUCCAGGAGAAAUGUAGACACUUACAGGAGAAGUAUAAAUCUCUUGAAGACAGUAACAAGCAACUAUCUAACAACGUCAGUCAUCUUGAGACAGAGAAGAUGGACUUACAAAGUAGAGCAGUUGGCUCAGUCUCAAAGGUUGAAUAUGAUCAGAUGGAACGAGAGAAGACCCGGCUGAAGAUGGAUUAUGAGAUGAUAAAGUCUGACUAUCAUGAGCUGGAAGGACGCCACCAGCGGUUCGUUACUGACCAUCUCUCAAGGACCUUAGACAGUACUGGACUAGGAGCAUCUCUAACCGCACAGGAUCAUAGAGACUACCUUGAGGCUGAAAUCCGUAAGUUACAGCAGGAAAAUGACUCCUUAAAGAGGCAGAUUGAUCUUCUUAAGAGCCAGGCUCUUAUUGCUGAGAAUGCUAAGAGACGAACUGAUGACAAAAUACAGUUACUUGAGAAGGAAGCUCAAGACAUGCAGGGUGAUCUGAUAAGACAAAAACGUAGACAAUCUCCAGUCCCUGACAACGAGCCGCUUUUGAGGUCUCAGCUUCUAGAACGGAGCCACACCAUAAACCAACUACAAGGAGAGAUUGCUACUAAGAGUAUCGCCAUGGAAACCAUGAGGCAAGGAAUAGACUCCAGACUGAGUGAUAAGAACCGAGAACUUGACGAGUUGAUACGAGAGAAGGAAGAGAUAAAUGAAGUCAGAAGGAAACUGGAACAAGAGAAGCUGGUUCUUGAAAUCAAGGUUGAUGAGCAGCAAUCAGUGUUGGAGCAGAUGAGGCAGGAGAAACCUCGCAUUCUUGAAGAGAAAGACACUCAGAUUGCUGAGCUUCAUGCAGACUUCAUUCAAGCUGAUAGGAAUGCCAAGAAACUAGAAAAUGAUCUCAGAAACAUGCAGGAGAAGCUGAUGGAGAAGGAUAGUGAGUUGAUAGUUCUGAGUCUCAAGCAAGCUACGGAGCUGGACAGCGCUCAAGAACAUACUCUCAAUAAAGUCAAGGACCUCCAAGGAAUCAUUAUCAAGAAGGAACAUGAGACGGCAGACCUUCGUCAAGAGCUCCAAGUCAAAACCAAGGACUUCCGAGAGUUGCUUCAGGCCAAGACCAGACAAGACUUGGAACUGGAGCAGAGUAAAGAUGACAGCUCUCGCCGGAUUGAGCAACUGACAAGCCAGAACCAGCGACUUGAGGCUGAGAUUGAAGCUCUUAGAGAGGAAGUUGCAUCUCUUAGAGAGCAGCUAAGAGCUUUGAGACAAAGUCAUGAUUCUGAUUCGGAGAACCUUAAGGAAAGACUUGCCGAGACUAUGCGAGAGACUUCUCGCCUGAAGGGAAAUCAAGAACGGGAGGUAAUGGAUCUUCAAGCUGAGCUGACGAGGAAAGAAUCUGAGCUUCAGAGGGUAUCAUCAGAGAAGGGAUCUGAAGUAGAGAGUCUUGAAGACCGGCUGGAGGAUUCUACAAAGGAGUUAUCUCGAUAUCGAGACAAUAAGGAGAAGGAAUUGAUAGAAUUGAAGAGUGAACUGAAGAGGAGAGAGUCUGAUUUACUAAGACAGAUUGAUAAGAAAGAAGAAACCAUCAAGACAUUACAAGAUGAACUUGAAGAUGAGAGACAUCGUAGACCAAGACUCAUGAAGCAAUCGAUGAAUGAAGUAGAGGAAGAAUUAGCGUCAGUCAAGGGAGAACUCCAACGUGUCAAUGGGAUGAUUGACAUCAAACAAUCACAGAUUAAUGAUCAAAAUAACAGACUCAGAGAUCUAGAGACAAAGAAAGAGGAGCUUCAACGGGAAAAGUUAGAAAUGAGACGAAAACUUGAGGCUGAACUCGACGAAAACACUGACACUAUUAGAGAGUUACAACGAAAGACAGAUGCUCAGAAAACCGAUCUGGAGAUUAUGAAGGAGAAAUGUAAAGCGCUAGAGGGCCAGGGGUUAGUUGAUGACAUAAAGCAAGGAGAUCGUGAUGAGUUUUCCAAAAGGUUGGAGGAUAAGAUUGAGAGUCAGGAGGAGGAGCUUCAUGCUUUGAACCGACUGGUCAACGACCUCCAGAAUAGAAACAAGAAACUAGAACAGACAAGAGAAUCUCUUCAAGACAAUGUGGAGACGGUGAGAGAGAAGAAUAAGAAGCUGUUAGAGGCAGAGAAGGCUCAGAAGAUGCAGAUGGAGAGCUUGAAGGCAUCAGCGGGAGCAAAGUGUACAACCUGCAAACGUCUUGAGAAUCAGUAUGAAGAGGUCUUACAGGAGAAGGAGACUCUUGAAGAAGAGAAUGAGGAGCUUCAGCAAGAACUCGAGAAACUGGAAGGCCUUAUCAAUCUCCAGCAACAAGACGCUAAAAAAAGCCAGGAGAAAGUCAAAGAAUUGGCCAAGAAGACUCCCGUGAAGGAAGAAAUGAUAACGGUCACGAAUCAAUCUCCAACGGAGUCCAGACGACUAGGAUCUGGAUCACCGUCUCCACGUGGUCCUUCCCCAAUCCCAAGAAAGGCUAAUCCCUUAGAGCUUGCUGCAGCUUUAAAGAGAUUAUCCAACAAUGCCGCUAAGAGAUCCCCAGAUUCAGCCGACUCUAAGAAACUAUCGCAAGAUGCCUCAGAGGAGAUGAAGCGAUCAAACAUCAAACUCCCAGACACGGGGAAGUACGAUCAGAACAAAAGAGCUUCGUUAAAUUCCAUGGAGGCCCGCUUAGAGGCCCUGAAGCACUCCAGUCAGGUCAAACCAGUCAAGGGAUUCGAUAAGAAAGAUUUGGGAUCUUCCUUGGAGCAACCCAAGAAGCAGACUCGUUUUGUUCUUCCGUCGAGUAAGAAGUUUGACAAACCCAAACCUAAACCUGAGAGCAUUCAUCAAGCAGAUGAUGAGGUUUAGUCACUUAACCCUAAACACUGGACUGAUUGCAAUGAAAACAACCUUGUGGUAUCGUUGAAGUAAUGGAUACAUGCUGAAAGAGUUAAGCCGUAUGGACAUUGGUGGCUACAGCUACGACUACAACUGUCACUAAGGAUGUACAUUACUUCAAUGCAUGAUGACCUGGGGUGGAUUUCACAAAGAGUUAGGACUAGUCUUAUCUCGAGUUA